CUCGACUGCAUACACUUUCAUGCCAUGUGCUGGAACAAGGCCUAAACUAAAGUUUCAUGCAACAGGGCUCAACGCACCGGCAAUUCCCCUCCCUCAACUCUUUCGUGGACGCAUUUCCUCCCCACAUACGCACGGCCCUCCGCAAGCACAAACAAAUCCACCACCCUCGGCCGCGGCUGUAUCACACCGGGCCUUUGUUCAGCCAGCUCUGGUUACACACAUUUGUCAAACCCUCCUUCGAUAUCCUUCUACGCCUUUGAAAGAGGCGGUCGGCGCUCUUGAACCCACCUCGAAACUCCGUCUGUCUACUCCCACCCUUCCCCUUCGACGACCAAGAAACCCACAGGCAAUCGUCCUGGCUAUGUCUAAGCAUUCAUCGUCAUCCCUCAAGCGGCUGGGCUUAGAUCAAUGACAAGGGCCAAUCUCUACGUCCUCUUCUCCUCAACACCAUCUAUUUGAACCCCACUACGCAUUCACCCAAGUAAAGCUGUCAUCAUGCCCGUCUAUCUCCUCCACGGCUUUCGCUGGCAUCGCGAAGGUGUCUCCGGCAUUCGCGUACAUGCUAUACUCCACAAUCUAGAAGAUCUCUCCGUCGAGUACAUUCAAAAUGAGAAUUCUCGUGCUGAGUUGCUCAGUUCUUUCCACAAGGCAUAUCCAGAAAUUAUGAAGGAGCUCGAUGGGAAGCUCGAGUUUAUUGAACAAUACAAUCCUGAGGAUCUCGAUGGCCCCAAUGCCGUCAGUCAGCCAUACGCCUAUGUCGGUGACAAGGUAGUAACUCUAGCCGCCAACCCAGGAAGCAUGGCCUUCAACAUAAGCCAACCUACCAAUACCACAGCCUCGCCCGCGGGUCCCAACACAGUACAAGGACAACCGCGACCAAGCACCGAGACUCCCAAGACCGCCACAGGUCCCAAGUUACCAGACACCACCAGUCUCAGCAUCAAUGUGCAAGAAGUCAUUGCGGCCGGACCAGGCUUAACAAAUCGUGCCUGGGAGGCCAUGGCUGAUCUCCGUGAUCAUUUGGCAAAGGGAGAAAACAUCGGCUGGUGGGUCAUCUACAACGGUGACCCGGAACGGGAGGUGCUAGAUAGCGAUAUGGAUUCAGAAUCGGACGACGAAGCCGAGGAAGAUCUCGAGACCGAACCUGUUACACAAUCAUCAACUACAGAAACACCCGCAGGACAACAACAACAACCACCACCGCAAAAACAACGAGACGCGACACCAAGCCAAGAGGCGCUUCAAGCGAUGACAUUGCGCCAGAAAGCGUUAGGUCCAGGCUCGCCUGAACGAGUCCAACCACAACAUCAUCAACGAUACCAACAACAAGCCGAACAACAACGAGCAUCCAUUCUUCAACAGAGACAGCAACACCAGCGCCAGGAGUCAGGUUCCAGAUCAACACUCCCCACAGGUGCUGGGACUCGCCCCAAUCCUAACACUGGAGAAGCUCAACCCAGCGACAACACCACACCUAUAUCUCCUCGCCACCCACAAGUCCCUCCUUCACCCAUUGCUGAACGCCACACUGCACCACAGACAAAGUCCUCAGACCCUAGCUCGAAUUUCUCACCAAAUCUUACUGCUCUCCCUACAUCAAACUACGUGCCCCCCACACCGCCCGAAGUGGCGACUGUGCCAAAAGGAAAAAGUCGCGAGAAGGAACCCGCAUCGGUAUCCAAGUCGCAAGGUUUUAGGAAGAAGCUUUUUGGGAAACGACUGUAGUUUUGUCCAUGAAUGGAGUCAUGGGGAUUUAGGUAUGAAUGUCGUUGUGGACUAUUAUCAAAACGCAGAGCGUUCCGACCAGAAUGAGUUCGACUGCUAUAUAUAUACCACGACGCGGGCGACACGGGCGACGAGACGAGACGAGACGAGAUGAGAUGAGUGAGACGAUGUCAUGUGAUAUGAUAUGAAGUUAUAUGGAAUGAAGAAUUACUGAGUGGAAUGAUCCUCGAACAACGAGCCACAAGGUUCUGAGUCAAGCUAGUAUCAUCAGCAGCAACUUAGUGUACUUGACCUUGCCGUCGAAGUAGAAUGAAAACAGCCUUACUUACCUA